AUGUCGGGCUCAGGCGGGCUCUUCGGCAGGGUCUCCAUCGCGGGUGGAGGGCCGCUGACGGCCUUGUUGGAGCUGGCUGGCGGCCUGGUGACCAGGCCGCAGCCGCAGUAUGCCACCCACGUGCCGCUGAGCGGGCUGGAGAAGGGCGCGGUGGCACUGCUGUCGCUGUGGGGCGCGUUCCGCGACCCGCGCCGGGGCGACCUGGUGGCCGCCAGCGGCGAGACGACCGGCCUGCCGGCCAUCUACGCCAUGAGGGAGCGCAUGCGCCGCUCCGAGACGGGCCGCCGCAUCCUGCAGGACCGCCCGCUCAUCACGGAUGAGGUGGUGGCGCCCUGCUGGGACAUGCCGCAGCACACCUUUGGCGGCGCGUAUGCUCGCUUCAUGGGCACACGCGGCUUCCUCGCCUCGGGGCGACCGCCCUGCAGGUUCGUCGACGACCCGGAGCUGGCCUACAUCAUCACCCGCGCCCGCCAGGUCCACGACUUCUGGCAUGUCAUCUUUGGCUGCCACACCAACGCGUUUGGCGAGACGGCGCUCAAGGCGGUGGAGUUUGUGCAGACGGGGCUGCCCAUGACGGGGCUGGCGGUGCUGGCGGGAGAGUGGCGCUUCAGGCCCGAGGACCGCCGCCUGCUGAACGAGCAGUUCCUGCCGUGGGCGGUGCGAGCGGGGGCCCGCGCCCCCGACCUGAUGUGCAUCUACUACGAGGAGCACUUUGGGGAGAGCCUGGAGGAGCUGCGCCUGCGUUGGCGCAUCGAGGUGGCCCCUUCCACGCCGCAAAACACGCAAAAGCUGCAGGCGGUGAACGCCCAGGCAGCGGCGGCGGCGGCGGCAGAGGGGGUGUCUGGGGAUGCCGCUGCGCCUGCGUGA